CUUGUUGUUUGUUAUGGAAUAUUCGACUAGUGGAAGCAAUGAUGUCUGCGUCAAUGUCCAAAGUGAUAGGCCUUGCGAGGGCUUCUGCUCUCCUGAAUAACAUCACCGUUAUACAACGUUUUAAUCGGCACCUCCGGAGCCCUCAGCACCUUUCCACUGCUGGAGUGCUGCCCUUUAGCAGCGUCUCAGCCCAGCAGAAGCCAGAAGCUUCAGGUCCCUCUGAAGACAAAGUCUACCUCACUGAGUCAUGUGUCAAGAGACUUGGUGAGAUCAUGGUGAAGGGUGAGUACCUAAGAAUUCACGUGGAAGGAGGAGGCUGCUCUGGUUUCCAGUAUAAGUUCUCAGUUGAUAGUAACAGGAAUGAGGAUGACAGAGUGUUCGAGGAAGGCGGUGUGGGCGUCGUUGUGGACCUGGAUAGUUUGGAGUUUGUGAAAGGAGCCACAGUGGACUUCAGCCAAGAAUUGAUCCGCUCCACCUUCCAAGUACUCAAAAAUCCCCAAGCUGAUCACGGCUGCUCGUGCGGAAGCUCUUUCUCUGUCAAAAUGUAACAUUUGUAGUCUGCAGCAUCUUCAACUACAGAGAUAACGGCUUCAUACACGCAAAGUACAUUCAUAUUAAUCAACAACCAUCUGAGGGGUUUUAUUUUUUUAUAUCUCUAAGACUAUUUAACUGAUUUGAUUGAUGGAUAUAUUCACAGUUGUCACUGACAGCUUUGUACUGCAUAUAGAAGAAAGCAUCGUCUGAAGUGUGUGUUUAGGGUUUUUGCUUUAUGCAUGUAAAAUAUGUAAAUAGCCAAAGUAAUCAUAUUAAUGUGGUUGAAAAUACAAUUACAGUAUGUUCAUUAAACAUGUUUUUGAGUC